GUGCGCCAUGGCCCUAAACUGUGCGCAUGCGUAUUAGGACAGUCUGAAAGAGAGCCUCAGGUUCUUCCUGCACAUGCGCAGGAGACUCAGUGACAGCCCAGCGUUGUCAAAGGCUCGCUGGACGUCCUGGCCAUGUUGCACGUAACCCGGGGGGCCUGGGGGACCGGGGUCCGAGCCUGGUCCCUGCUGCUCGCUCCUCUUGGACCUCCCCGGGCGCUGUCAUCACUGGCAGCCAAGAUGGGGAAGUACCGCAUGAUGUGGAACCCCACGGAGCCCCGCGACUGGGCCCAGCAGUACCGCGAGCGCUUCAUCCCGUUCUCCAAGGAGCAGCUGCUCCACCUCCUCAUCCAGGAAUUCCACUCCCAGCCCGAGGAGAAGGCAGCUCUGGAGGCGUUCUCGGCCCACGUGGACUUCUGCACCCUGUUCCACUACCAUGACAUCCUGACCCGGCUGCAGAGAGAAGGAGGAGCACCACAGCACCUCCUACGUGGUGCUGGGGCUCAAACCUGGGCUGUGUACGUGGCACUGCAGACACCCUACUUGGCCUUGUAUGACCCCAUCAACCCUGACAGGGAGACCCUGGACCACCCCUCGCUCACAGACUCCCAGCGCCUGGCCAAAGAGCAGGAGGUGCUGCAGGCCCUGGAGCCCCUGCUGGCCCAGGCCAACUUCUCCCCACUGUCCGAGGAUACCGUGGCCUACGCGCUGGCAGUCCACCACCCUCAGGAUGGGGUCCAGGUGACCAUCAAUCUGGACCAGUACAUCUACAUGCAUUUCUGGGCCCUGGGCCAGCGUGUUGGGCAGAUGCCCCUCAAGUCCAGCGUGGGCUCCAAGCGUAGCUUCUUCAUCAAGUCGCCGCCCGCAGAGAGGAGAUACUUCAAGCGGAUGGUGCUGGCGGCGCGCACGCGGCGGGGACACUUGGUGCUGAAAAGCUUCAAGGACACGCCGCUCGAGGGCCUGGAGCAGCUGCUGCCUGAGCUCAAGGUGCGCACGUCGGCGCUGCAGCGCGCGCUGCUCAACCUCACGCUGCUGGUCUCGGGCCUCGCCUUGUUCGUCAACGUGGCCAUGGUGGUGCUGUCAGACCUCAAGGUGGCCACCUCCCUGCUGCUACUGCUCUUCGCCAUCUUCAUGGGCCUGCGGGCCUCCAAGAUGUUCGGACAGCGGCGCAACUUGCAGGCUCUGGAGCUGACGCACAUGCUCUACUACCGCAGCACGUCCAACAACUCGGAGCUGCUCAGCGCCCUGGCGCAGCGCGCACAGAACGAGCACACCAAGGAGGUGCUGCUGGCACACAGCUUCCUGGCCUGCAGACCCCCAGGCCCGAGCGGCGGGCCGGAAGACACCUCCCGGUGGCUCCAGCUGGAGGUGGAGAAUUGGCUCCUGGUCAAGACGGGCUUUGAGGUGAAUUUCAACGGACCCAGGGCCCUUGCCCACCUGCAGGCCCUGACCCCCAGCUUCGGCAAGUACCCACCCCCGGGCUUCCCUAAACUAGACCCACUGUUGGCGGCUGUCACCCCCGAGCGCCCCCCAGGCCACGCCCCGCAGUGACCCUCCAGGACCGAAAACCUUCUGGCCCGCCCGGCCCAGGCAGCCAACGCUUGCUAGGCAGCCAAUCAAUGCUCAUAGAUUGGUCCGCCUCCGAUUCCCAUCACUCUUCAUAAAUAUCCAAUCGGGUUCGGCUGAGGGAAUUGUCGACCAAUCGCAGCGCUGCAGCGCUACAAGCCACCGGGCACUGUGGUUCCGCUGUGCCCGCAGGAGGUGAUGGAUCGGGGCAGGCUGCCCAGCCGGCUUCCCGGGGCGGAGCCCCAGCCCGCAGCCGCCGAGAGUGAGCCGCGCUCUCUGGCCCCCUGCCUCUGACAGCUGCUGGGCACCGUCAGCCUCGGGCCACCAGUUGUCGCUGCAUAGAAGCAAGCAGCUAGGAUUUGCAAAGGAAACCCGAUCUGCCUGCCCAGCGAUCGCCCCUGCUUGUGCAGGCUGGCGGGAUUGGCAGCCUUGUGCCAGCUACAAAGCUGCGGGCCUGAAGGAACCAGAGACCAUCCUCACUCGAGACUCACUCCCGCUCGCGCCCGCGACCUCAGGUGCCUUCCUCGGCCAGGCUAUUCACCUUUUCUACAGAAACUACCUCGGCCUGACUUCCUCCCCGCACCUGUCUCCCCUGCGAUUAUUUAUUGGUCUAGCAAUUUCUCCACGUGUCCCUUCUCCAAAAGAAAUAAAUAAUGUUUAAUAAA